GGAGGGGCCGAUCCCCGGCGGGCCCGAGCCGGGCGAGGCGUGGCUGGAGUCCCACGGGCGCAACCUCGGACACUUCGUGAACGGGACCUGGCUGAGACCCGAGAGGAGAGAGAGCCUCGAGUGCCGCGAGGCCACGGCGGGGGUGGUGGCCCUGGUCCUGGCUGGUCCCUGCUCGCUGUCGCCAUGGUGUCCCUGUCGCCACGGUGUCGCCACGGUGUCCCCACGGUGUCCCCAUGGUGUCCCUGUCCCCCCAGGGGUGGUGGCCCUGGUUCUGGCCGGUCCCUCCCCGCUGUGGCCACUUCCGCGCAAUGUCGGUGGUUUAGGUGCCGCUCUGGCCACUUCCGGUGAAUCUCAAUGGUUUCUCAAUGCCGCUCUGGCCACUUCCGCUCAGUCUUGGUGGUUCCGGAGCCGCUCUAGCCAUUUCCGGUAAAUCUCAAUGGUUUCUAAGCCGCUCUGGCCACUUCCGCUCAAUCUCGGUGGUUCCGGAGCCGCUCCAGCCAUUUCCGGUGAAACUCAAUGGUUUCUAAGCCGCUCUGGCCACUUCCGCUCAGUCUCGGUGGUUCCGGUGCCGCUCUAGCCACUUCCGGUGAAUCUCAAUGGUUUCUAAGCCGCUCUGGCCACUUCCGCUGAGUCUCGGUGGUUCCGGUGCCGCUCUGGCCACUUCCGGGGAAUCUCAAUGGUUUCUGAGCCGCUCUGGCCACUUCCGCUCAGUCUCCGUCGUUCCGGUGGCGCUCUGGCCACUUCCGGUGAAUCUCAAUGGUUUCUAAGCCGCUCUGGCCACUUCCGCUCAGUCUCAGUGGUUCCGGUGGCGCUCUGGCCACUUCCGGUGAAUCUCAAUGGUUUCUAAGCCGCUCUGGCCAUUUCCGGCAAAUCUCGGUGGUUCCGGUGGCGCUCUGGCCACUUCCGGUGAAUCUCAAUGGUUUCUCAGCCGCUCUGGCCACUUCCGCUCAGUCUCGGUGGUUCCGGUGCCGCUCUGGCCACUUCCGGUGAAUCUCAAUGGUUUCUAAGCCGCUCUGGCCAUUUCCGGCAAAUCUCGGUGGUUCCGGUGCCGCUCUGGCCAAUUCCGGCAAAUCUCGGUGGUUCCGGGCCGCUCUGGCCCCUUUCUGGCGAAUCUCGUUGGUUGCCGGGGCCGCUCUGGCCCGCCCCGCCCGUCUCGGCGGUUGCUCGGCGGUGAUGGCGGCUCUGGCGGCCCUCGGGGCUCCCUCGGUCCCUGAAAUCUUCGCCACCAUGGAGGAGGGGCCGAUCCCCGGCGGGCCCGAGCCGGGCGAGGCGUGGCUGGAGUCCCACGGGCGCAACCUCGGACACUUCGUGAACGGGACCUGGCUGAGACCCGAGAGGAGAGAGAGCCUCGAGUGCCGUGAGGCCACGGCGGGCGUGGCUGGAGUCCCACGGGCGCAACCUCGGACACUUCGUGAACGGGACCUGGCUGAGACCCGAGAGGAGAGAGAGCCUCGAGUGCCGUGAGGCCACGGCGGGGGUGGUGGCCCUGGUCCUGGCUGGUCCCUGCUCGCUGUCGCCAUGGUGUCCCUGUCGCCACGGUGUCGCCACGGUGUCCCCACGGUGUCCCCAUGGUGUCCCUGUCCCCCCAGGGGUGGUGGCCCUGGUUCUGGCCGGUCCCUCCCCGCUGUGGCCACUUCCGCGCAAUGUCGGUGGUUUAGGUGCCGCUCUGGCCACUUCCGGUGAAUCUCAAUGGUUUCUCAAUGCCGCUCUGGCCACUUCCGCUCAGUCUUGGUGGUUCCGGAGCCGCUCUAGCCAUUUCCGGUAAAUCUCAAUGGUUUCUAAGCCGC